CACAAAAUAAUUUCUUAAUCAAACCUAAUUGACACCCAAACAUCUUAUCUCAUUCAUCAUCGCCGCUGCUCUUUGUUCUUGUUCCUCCUUCUCGCCUUGUCGAUCGGCACUGCCCUCGCCCUUGUUGCUCUCCACUCACCGUCGUUGCUCUCUGCUCAUCGGCUUUGUUGCUACUUAAUUCUUUGCCUGAAAGUUGGGACACUUUGGUUGUGACGGUUAGUAAUUCAACGCCUGAUGGAGCUGUCACAAUGAGCCAAGUCACUAGUAGCUUAUUUAAUGAAGAAACUAGAAGAGAAUCAGCGAGUUCCUCUCAUCUAGAAGCAUUUGUCAUGAGAGGCCAAAGCAAAAUAAGGGGAAGGAAUAAGACUCCUCAUUGUCGUGAUCAAAGCCAUGACAAAUCAAAAAAUGGUUCCUUUUCAAAUAAAGACAUUGAGUGCCAUUAUUUCCAUGAGAAAUGGCAUAUGAAGCAAGAAUGUCGAAAGCUCAAGAACAAGGAGAAAAAGCAUGACAAAAGUGUGGAUAAGAAGUAAGAAGACACAACAGCGGUUACUAUCGAUGAUUUCAUGAUCGUUUGUGAAGAUGAUUGUAUCAAUUUUGUGGGCCGAGAGAGCAAUUGGGUGAUUGAUUCCGAUGCUUCUUUUCAUGUGACUUCUCGAGUUGAUUUCUUCACUACCUACACCAAAGGAGAUUAUGGUUGUGUUCAAAUGGGUAAUGAAGGUUUGUCCAAGAUUAUAGGCAUGGAUGAUGUUUGCUUGAAAACAAAUUUGGGCUACAAGUUGUUGCUUAAAGAUGUGAAGCAUGUUCCCGACAUUCGUCUGAAUUUGAUCUCUAUCUGAAAGCUAGAUGAUGAAGGCUACAACAACAAAUUUGGUGAUAGAAUAUGGAAGCUCACAAAGGGUUCUUUGGUGGUGGCUAAGUGCAAGAAGACUCACACACUUUAUUCGAUGCAAGGAAAAAUUUGUGAAGGUGUUGUCAAUGCACUUGAAGAUGAUCCUUCUACCGAAUUAUGGCACAAGCAGCUUGGGGACAUGAGUAAAAAGGGACUGCAAGUUUUGUUCAAGAAAGAGCUUUUAUCCAAUUUGAAAGGAACAGGUGUGGUUGAUUGUAGUGUUGAAACAAUUGUCUGGGUUCGACGACAGAAUGACUCAUGGUGGCCUGGUAAGAUUCUCGGUCCUGAGGAGCUCUCAACUGCUCAUCUCAUGUCUCUACGAUCAGGGACUCCAAUCAAGCUUCUUGGAAGGGAAGAUGCCAACGUGUAGUUCUGUUUGUUCCGUCUCUCUCUUUCUCCCUCUCUAUGUGUGCGUGGGUGUGUAUACAUGAUAUAUGCACAUUACACUUAAAUCUUGUGAUUACAUUUUUUUAGUCAUGUUCAUUUGCUCAUUGCUGUAAAUUGACUGUGGUUUGUGAAUUUUUGGGUAUUUGUUUAAGCUUUGCAUGAUCAACUGUUGUGAUUAAUGGGUUCAUCAAUAUUUAUUGAAUGGUUGUUAAUGACAUCGAUGGAUGGUACAUAUCGUGUUGAUAUUUUAUGUUUGUUACAGCAGGAAGGGUGCUUUUUUUUUCCUUUUUUUUGUGGAUAAAUAGCAGGAAGAGUGCCUUAUCAGUAUGAAUCUGCAAAUUGUCUUGAGUAGAGUUGUUAUAUAAUUAGGCCAUGGAUAUUUUAUGCCCAUAUGAUAAUUGUUUGGAGGGUGUGCCAUUCUUUCUCAUUGUGAUGGUUUGAUGUGUGGGUGGGGGUUGAAGUUGUGCUUCAAAUCUUCUUUUCAUUUCAUAACGAUUAAAAUAAACAAUGCUCUCUUGAAUUAUUAGAUUGAA